AUGAGAAAUUCUUAUUUGAAGAAGGCCUGCUGGAUGAUAGCGACCAUUAACGCCAACAUGCAUGCUUAUCUGGGUCAAGAAGACCUAUUAAUGGACAGAGAGUUGCAUGAAAUUAUAGCAAAUGCAUUUAAAAAUGGGAUUUAUGAUAAUCAAUUGGAUAAUACAAGUUGCCAGGAAUGUAAAAAUACUCUAGAAAUAUUUAAAAAAAUUUGUUUGAGAAACAAAAAUUGUAUGAAUUUUAUUAGUAAUACAAUAGAAAGUAAUGAUUUAAAAUACUACUUAAAAAAACCACCGAAAGAAGUUCUGGUUGUUUUUACAAAAGCUGAAAUUAAAAAUUCAGAUUUAAUUAGUCAAUACUCGCUAAUUUUGCACAUCGAUAUAUCUCAAGUCAAGUGCAAGGUUAACGAGGAUUGGUAUGAUUGUACUGGAAAUAAGCCUAGAGUAUCAAAAUAUUCAAAUGCAUCUUUCCCAGCAAUUUUAGUUUAUUUAAGAACUAAAAUUCAAACUUAUUGCCAAUAAGAACCUAUCGCGAUUUAGAUAGAUAGCAAUUCUGUAAUGUCGCCAUAUAUAUAUAUAAGUACUUUAUUUAAGAAAGGACUUAAACCCUCUGGUUAACGAUCAAAUUUCUGUUCAAAACCCUAGCUAUGAGCACAGCCCUGAUUAUGGAAGAGAACUAUCUCCUUCUCUCAACUCUCUUGGAGGCAAUUUGUCAAACUUCGACUACAGUAAUCAAUAUGAAAUUCUUGACACUAAUCCCAAAAUAUUAGAAAAUAAACAGAAUUAUAAUCAAAUAAUAUCAAAUUCAACCACUAUUGAAAAUUAUUUCACUUAUUUAGAAGAAAAACUAGCUAAAAAAAUAGAAAAGGAUUUGGAAUCUAAAUCCAAAGAAAUAAUAGAGAAAUUAUUGGUGCAAUUCCAAGAGAAAAUAGGUUCAAUAGCCAAUAAUAUAGAAGCAAAAAGUGAGGGAGAAAUUAUAGAUAUGCAGAACAAGCUAGAAAACAAUUUUAAUUACUGAGAAGAAAUGCUUUUAAAUAAAGUGAAAGAAUUGGAAAAAUGCUUCAAGGAUAAUGAAGAAAAACAAAAUAAUAGUCUCAGCACAGAAGAAUUACUUAAAGGUGAUAGGAUAUUGGACUAUAUGAAAUCAGCGGUAAAUGCAAAUAAUAGUGAAAUAAUUUCCAAAUUAGAUGAAUUGGAAAUCUAA